CUCAUGUCCAGGUUCAUAUUUCAGAACCACAGAUGGAUCAAAUAAUCGAUCAUGAUCUGCAGGAUCAACUAUUAAAUAUAUCAGAAUAAAAGCAUCAACCAGCAGCAGGAUGCAUUAAUUUUAUUUUAAUAAAGUCACAGAUAGGUUAGAGAACAAUGCUUCAAACUACAAAUAUGGAAAAACUCCAGAUGAUUCAACUGGAUCUGGACCCAACAGAACCACCAGAACAUAAAGAACAUAAACAGGAACUUUGUUUGUUUCUCCCAGUCGGUCGGUGAACGUCAGAACCGAUCAAAGUCCAACUUUUAUCGUCUCAAAGGUUCUGAUCAGCGAGUCGCCGGGUUAAAUCACAGCAGAAAAUAUCUGAGGUCCAGACGGGUUCUGUUGGACCGAACAGAAGGUUCUAUUGGACCGAACAGAAACAGAAGGUUCUGUUGGACCGAGCAGAAGGUUCUGUUGGACCGAGCAGAAACAGAAGGUUCUAUUGGACCGAGCAGAAACAGAAGGUUCCAUUGGACCGAACAGAAGGUUCUGUUGAUCGGUUUAAGUAACCAGGAUGCGGUACUGCAGCACCCGGGGCGGGGUCCGGGACCGGGACUUCAGGGAGGUUCUGUUCUCCGGAUUCGCUCCAGAUGGAGGGAUGUUCAUGCCGGAGACGCUGCCUGCAGUGAGUCCAGAGACGCUGCGCAGCUGGAAGGGGCAGCGGUAUCAAAGGCUGGUUCUGGAGGUCGCUUCCCUGUUCAUCCCAGAGGAGCUGAUCCCCAGAGACGACCUGGAGGGUCUUGUAGCUGAAGCUCUCUCUGGGUUCUCGGUUCCCGACUCGGUCCGGAUCGUCCGGCUGAAGGACGGUUUGUCGCUUCUGGAACUUUUCCAUGGAGAAACUUUGGCGUUCAAAGAUCUGGCCAUGAGCUGCACCGUCCACUUCCUCAACUACUUCCUGCGGAGAGACGGCAGCCGAGCCGUCGUCCUGGUUGGAACAUCAGGAGACACCGGCGGUUCGGCCGUCCGCAGCGCCCGGUCUCUGCCGGGUCUGGAUGUUCUGGUGGUUUUCCCUCGGGGUCGGAUCACGGCGGUCCAGGAGAAACACAUGACGACCUGCCUGGAGGACAACGUCCACGUGUUCGCAGCCGACGGCAGCUCAGACGACAUCGACCGGCCCCUCCGCCGCCUGUUCGCCGAUCAGAACCUGGUCCGGACCCACGGCCUGAUGAGCCUCAACUCUGUCAACUGGUCCAGAGUCAUGAUCCAGGUGGCGCACUUCUUCUACGCCUACCUGGAGCUGAGCGGCCUGGGGGCGGAGCCUGGACCGGGGGCGGAGCCUGGACCGGGGGCGGAGCCUGGACCGGGGGUGGAGCCUGGACCGGGGGCGGAGCCUGGACCGGGGGCGGAGCCUGGACCCGAGCCUGGAGCGCUGCCGGAGCUGGAGGUGGUGGUUCCGACCGGAGGAGCCGGGAACAUCACAGCUGCCUACAUCGCGCUGCGGAUGGGCCUGCCGCUGAAGCUGGUUGCCAUGGUGAACGCUAACGACAUCGUGCAUCGGACGGUAACAAGCGGCGAUUUCUCCAUGGCGACCAGCGUCACCCAGACUCUGGCUCCGGCCAUCGACAUUCAGGACCCGUACAACAUGGAGCGGGUUUUCUGGCUGCUGCUGGACCGGGAUGGCGCCGUGGUGAAAACCAUGAUGGAGGAGUUCCAGCGUUCCCAUCGACUCAGGCUGCCAGAGAACCAGCGCAGACUGCUGGCCGAGGUUCUGGUGACCGGCGCCGUGAGCGACCCGGGAAUCCUGGAGACCAUGAGGCGGUGCUGGGAGCAGAACCAGUACCUGCUGUGUCCUCACACGGCCGUGGCCGUCUGGCACCACUACCACAGAACCCACCGGGCCAGCAGAAACAGAUGCUACAUCGCUACGGCGUCUCCAGCGAAGUUCCAGGCGGCGGUGGAGAAGGCUGGCCUGACCUUUGACCCCCCUGAGGCCGUGCUAGCUUUGGACCAGUUACCCACCCGGUACCAGAACCUGGAGAGGAGCGCGGACUGGUGCGAGGACUGGGAGGAGCGUCUGAGGGACUGGAUCCAGUUUGUGAGCAGAACCAGGAAGAAGGGAGGAGUUUGUUACCCUGAGAGUCCAUAGAGACGUUUAUGAACGACUUCCUGUCCCUCAGAGGACUUUGUCCUGAAGACGUCCUGGAGCUGUGAUGUCAUCAAUCACCUGAUCAGCAAACCGUUUCUAAAACUAACCUGAAAUGUUAUUAAAACUAAUUUACA